AUGCCAGGGCCUAAACAGUAUACGGAAGAGGCCAUUUCAGCAGCUGUCGCCGAUGUCAGAAACAGUAAGCUUUCAAUCAGGAAAGCUGCAGCGAAAUAUAAGGUCCCAAAAUCUACCAUUAGCGAUCGGCUUACAGGGAAGGUCACCGAAGCAAGUAAAUGGGGAAGCAAACCAGUCUUGAGUGGAACAGAUGAAAACCAAAUGAUAGACUGUGCUAUAAAUAGAUCACAGAUGGGAAUCGGCUUUUCAAAGUCUAAUUUUUUAAGGUUUGCGGGAGCUAUGGCAGAAUCAAGGGGUCUACGAUUCAAACAUGGGAAACCUUCUGCCAUGUGGUGGCGCCGAUUUAAGGCCAGACACGACACAUUUUCGCUAAGGUCCCCAGAAGCAACCGCAUCCGUGCGACAAGAUGCCAUGACAAGACAACGCAUGGCUCGCUAUUUCCAUGAGCUUGGAAACAUCAUCCAGUCCCCAAACCUUAAAGAUCAUCCUUCGCGGAUUUGGAAUACGGAUGAGACGGGGAUAACUAUGUCCCACAAACCUAAUAAAGUUUUGGCCAAGAAAGGGGCAAAAACGGCUCAUGGGAAGGUGUCCAUGUCUCGAGAACUAAUUACCGUCAUUGCAUGCGGGAAUGCAAAUGGUGAUAACCUUCCACCUCACUUUGUAAUUCCCGGAAAAACAAAAAGGAAGUUGGAAGGUUAUGACUUAGAGGCAAUAGUAGAAGACGGGUCGUCUUUGAGAGGAUCCAACUUCUCAGUAUCAUAUUCAGGGUGGACCAAAGAUGGCAUCGCUAGGCUUUGGUUUACCGACACUUUCCUAAAAAACAUAGGUCUAGCUCGGCCACAAGUUCUAAUUUGUGACGGCCACGGUUCACACAAUAAUGUAGAGUUAGUUGAAUUGGCAAAGCAGAACAAUAUAAUUGUCGUUGAACUUCCCAGUCAUACAAGUAACUGGACCCAACCGUUUGACAGAACGGUCUUUAAAUCGCUUAAAAGUCACUGGUACACUGUCAUUGACAACUUCACCAAAGGAACGGGUGUGGCUGUCGGUCAUAGGCAAUUUCUUCGCCUGUUCAAUGUCGCAUGGGGAGCAGCCCUUACUCCUGCGACAAUAAAAAAUGGGUUUGCUUCAACGGGCAUUUAUCCAUUUAACCCGAGUGCUAUACCAAAUGAAGCCUUUUGUCCCAGUGAAAUUAGUGUUCCAAGGGUGGAAACGGCAUCAUCCCCACCAAGUAGCGCAAAUUCUAGCACUUUUAAUCUUUUGUUACCAUCCAGUUCUCCCUCAGUUUCAGUUCAAAACCUGUCUGUUCAGUCUGUUUCUUCUGUAGACCACCUCCCGAGGUUAUCACGAGCGUUUCUUUAA